AUGAUGUCACCAGAGAAGGAACGUGAAUUGACUUCUAAAAUAUUAGAAAGGGCACAAUUAGCUCAAAUGACCCGUCAAUUAAAGUUAGGAUUGAGUAAGGUUCCAACCAAGAAAAAAUCUAAUGACAAAUCAAAUAGUAUUGUAUUACCAGCCACUAGCGAUGAUGAAGAUGAAGAGAAAGAAAGAGAGAUGAAAAGUAGAAAAAGGACUAGUGAUGCUGCUACAAUUAAGGAUGCUAUUACUAGGAUAUCACCUCUCAAAAAACCGUUGCUCAAAGAUUCCGGUGAACUAAACGUAUCUCCUUUGAAAGAUUACCAUAGACCCAGUACGCCUCCAAGAGUACCACCAUCAUCAUCUUCAUCUGCAAUUAAUGAAAACUUCAACAAUGAAAAGAAUUCAAAACUAGAGCCACCAUCAACACCAAAAGCUGCAGUUACGGCUCCGGUUCUGCUUACAGGAAACACUAAUCGUCUGCUUGUAACACCUAAGGCAAACGUUGUUAAUAUAACAGGAAAGACACCUGGCGGUCAAUCUAAUAACAAUAAUGAUAAUGAUGUUGCCGCCGAUUUGUUAAUGUAUCUAGCCACAAGUCCUUAUGUUUCAAGCAAGGGAAAUUAUGAUAAAGUGUUAUCGACGCCUUCCAUGUCAAUUAACAUGUCAAGUUCUCAUGGCCCUUAUGACAGAGAAGCUGAUGGUGCUAUUCGAUUCUCGCACAUGAAGCCUUCUAUUUCAUCUCCACAGUCCACAUUUAAGACAGCUCCAUUAGAUUAUACUGCUGGCGGAACUGUUCCUUUUACUGAUGUUUUGAUGGAUUCACCUACAAUUUUUAUGACAAAAUCACCACCUCAAAGGAAGAAGAAUAAUGGUCAAAACAAUAAUUUAAAUACAGACACAAUACAUAGCUCCAAUGUUCCAAGUACUCCAUCUAGAGAACUACGCUCCUCAGUAGGAUCUGUUGCAUUUUUAAAGACUCCAAAUUUUAACAUGUUUGAUUAUGUCCACACUCUUUUCAGUCCAUCACCUAGGGUUAAUAUGUCUGCUGGGAAUGCAGUCUCACCUGGACCACCAGAAUCAUCUGGAAGUAACCUAUCCUUCUCAGGCAAAGAUGAUAUUCACCACAUCGAAGAUGUUUCUGAAAGUUCAGAAAAGGACAUACUAACUUCAGAAGAAACAGCUAAAUGA